CCAGGAGCUCGAUUCUUCUGUCCAGUGACACCCACACACACACACACACACACACACGUACACACGCAGAGAGUCACACGCACACACACGCAGGCACGGGCACACACACAUACACAAGUUAAAAACCGAGUGUCGCCUUUCAGAGGGCUCUUUAAGAGGAGAGCCUCUCAGUAUCUGCUGAUCUGUCAGCCGGAGCCGCCGCCGCCCUCCUCCUCCUCCUCCUCUUUUUCCUCCUCUUCUUCCUCUUCCUCCUCCUCCUCCCUCCCAGCGCAUCCUGCCGGGGACCUGUCCUCCCGGCCACGCCGCGGCACCCACUCAGCGCCGGGCUCGGCGGACAUCAUGGACGGUCGAUGGUCGUGUUAGAAUUUCAAAUCAAAAUGCGCCGGGCCCAACGUCUCCGCUCUCCUGGGUUGCGCUGGUGUGAAAGCCUCUUGUGGCGCACGCCUCUGGCUUUAGUCGCCGUCGUGCCGCGGGCUGGUGGUUCGGCCGGCUCGACCGGUCGGCGGCAGGGAGGAAGAAGCCGCCGUUUCUAAACCGACUGUCGGAUUGUCUGAGGAAGAGCUUCGGCCAUGUCUUCGGUGGCGGUGUCCGGGCGAAGUGAGCUGAGCCUGAGGGAGCUGCCCAUGGAGAGCUGGAUGGCUCACCUGCCCUGCGCUCUGUGGGACACUCCCCUGUACCAGCUGGCCAUCCCGGGCAGCCACAACGCAAUCACCUACUGUCUGGACACCAACGACCGAUCCCCUGUUGACCCCAUGCAGCCGGACAUGCUCCAAAAGCUGGACAAAUACAUGAAGCCCUUCAUUCGCCCCUUUGUGUACAAGUGGGCGAUAACCCAGGAGUACACCAUAAAGCAGCAGCUGAACUGGGGGGUCAGAUACUGCGACCUGAGGAUCGCGCACCGGCCCAACGACAGCUCCAAUGACCUGUACUUCUACCACGGAGUCUACACCACGCUCACUGUGGAGGUGAUCGAUAGUGCGCGAACGGCAGCCGUGCUCCCUACGGUCCUGAUGGAGAUCAGAGAGUGGCUGGACGCUCAUCCCAGAGAGGUGGUGAUUCUGUCUUUCAGCCACUUUCUUAGCCUGACCCAGGAACUCCACAUCCAGCUGCUCACAACCAUUCGCACCACUUUCGCCUCUAAACUCUGCCCCAAAACGGAAGCAGUAACUCUUCGAAAACUGUGGUCAUCAGGCUACCAGGUGAUUGUGUCCUAUGAACACAAUAUUGCCAGCUCCCACUGCGACUUGUGGCCUCAUAUUCCCUACUGGUGGGCCAACAAAUGCAAAGCUGAGGCUCUCAUCGAAGAGUUCGAACGCCGGAAACAACACGGCAGACCAGGGGGGUUUUUUGUCACGGGGAUGAAUCUGACCGAGGACCUGAAAUACAUCUGCACACACCCCACAGAGUCUCUGAAGGACCUGGUGACGUCCACAUACCCGGCGCUGCUCAGCUGGGUCACAGAACAGACCCCCGGCCCCAGGGGAGGCUCUCUCAAUAUCAUAGCGGGGGACUUUAUCACAGAGAGCAAUUUCGUACCAACUGUUGUUAGUCUUAAUGAGAAACUACUGAAACGGCCCUCGUGACUUCUCACCGAGAGUCGGAAUUAUUCUUAUAAAAUAAGAAAAUACCAGCAUGAGGUUCUUUGGUAAAGGAGGGGACAGAAAAAAGACUUAAGUUUAGCACUUGAAUUAUUUAUUGGGGCGUAAAAGCACUUGCCAGAGGCAGCCAUGUGUACAUUUCAGUCCUAAAGCUGCUUGGGGUACCAACUUGUUUUGGGUAUCUUUACCCUACACUCCUUCGUUUACGCUCGGCUUCCUGUUUAUGCAAUGCACUGUAUCAGUUUUCAGGAGUCAGCGGAGUGGCUAGUUUCAUGCCACGCUGACCAAAGCAAUAAUGGUACUGCUAAUUGACCUUAAUUUCGGCAUUCUAGACACACAAGCACAAACGGUGAGCACAUGUGACUGGGCCGAAUCAUUAUGAGGGUGGAAAGUUUCAAAUGUAGCUCAACUCCCACUUAUAAAGCGUAUAUUUAACCGUAGAGAAUGUAGAGAUUAUAUGUGAAACGUAUGCAUAAGGCAUGGAAAACUUAAUCGCAUGCACCCACCAUCGGCUGCUCCACUUCAGGUUGACUUUAGUCCGUAGUUUAGGCCUUGUGUUGGACAGAUUUCUUCCACCGCCGUGCCUGUGUAGAUGAGCUUUUUCAGUAAACGAUAAGCAGCUGCUAGCAAAUCAUCUCAUUUUCUUGCUGGCCGUUCAAGCUGAGACAUCGAGUUUUUCUAUGUUUCCAUGUGAUAAAGAAAAAGGUACAGACUGAUGUUGUGCAUGAACGUUUCCGAGAAAAUAUGAAAAUAUCUAUUACUACGAAGAACAGAUACAGAAAUUCACAACCCACUUUUUAAUCGCAUGAUGUUCUUAAUUUAAAAAGUAGUUUAACAAGUUCUCUCUUUUUUUAGCUUUUGUACUUAUGGGUAACAUCCAGCAGAAAUGUAGAAAAUUUGAAGUUUUAAAGCUGUUAAGCAUCACUGUAGAUAGUAAUAUUUGCUAUGGCUAAGGGGGUUAUUUUUUUUCUCUUGCAAUAUUUUUUAGCUGUAAGUGCUUUAUUUUAGUUUUAGUUUAGAUCUCUUUUUUUAUAUCUCUGGAAAAUGUUUGCAACGCAUGACCUCGGUAAAGCACUACUACUCAGGCAUCAAUUCAGCUACAACAGACAAUGUGAUGCAAAAAAGAAAAAAUCCUUUAAUUUUUGUGAAAGCUACAAAAAAUACUUCCCCUUAUGACUUUGUCAGAGAAUAAGAUUGCAAUGCAUGUGUUCACAGAAUGGCUGGCUUUAAGUCUGAGAUUUCAAUAUUUCAAUGGCACAUUUGGAAUGUUCGAAUUGAAAAUAACCCAAUUUGUAGGCUGUCACAAAAGGGUGCUAAAACUCACUUUUAAUCUUUUUUUUUUUUUACUUCUGUAUGUUGAUUCAAAGAAAGUUAGUUUACUCCAAUAGCCACUCAGCAUUCGGCCCUGACUUGCUUGAAUAACAUAUAUAUGCAAAUAAAAAAUAUAUUUUCUUGCAUUUAAUUUUGUGUUUAUCUGUUUCAUCAUAUCAACUGGUCUUAUACAUUCAG